UAUUUUGUAGCUGUCUGGUAGCAUCCAUAACUGCUGUGUACAUGUUAUUAGUGCACUAUAUAGUGUAUGAAAGAACUGCUUUUAGACUAUUGUCAGUGCGCUAUGAGUUUAGUAUUAAACCAUGUAGUGUUCAGCAGCGUGUUUACUAUUAGUGGACAGAGAGCUGAGUCUAAGUGAUUUAAUAAGAGCUGUUUUGGUCAGCGGCUAGUUGAAGGCUUAAUCCUCUACACUGUUAACAUAAACAUCACCAUCGGGAGUCUAUGUGUAUGUGACUCAGUGCUGAGAGAUUCGACUCCGAGAACAAGCGAUUCAGUGUGUUUUCCAGCGGAGAAGCUGCUUUUACACACAGUACUGAAUGAAGCACGUUGAGUGUGAUUACAUGGCAUCAGGUUUCUUUGGCUUUAGAUGACAGCAAAUGAGCAGAUGUACAAAUGCUCGCUGAUUCCAGAAGGCUCAGAAGCCUAGCUUUAGAGCAGGGCUCUGCCUGAACUACUUAAUUUAUCUGAAGAGCAUGGGUCCCAAACCUGGUAGAAGCCAAUCCAAAGCCCAUGCCAGAUCCCUAAGAAGACUUUCUCUAGCAAAAAAAGAUGAUCAGAAGGGCAAUACAAAAUUGCAGAAAGGACCUUCUAUUACUUCAUUUUUCAAGAACACACCACCCUCAAAACUGGCCUGCCCGCUGUGUGGCAAGUUCAUACCUCGUUUCAAAAUCAAUGAACACAUUGACUCGCAGUGUCAAGACUUUCUUGAGGAAAAUGACACACAGGUGACAGCAGCCAGUGACAAUGAAAAGGCGAAAACAUCCAGGCCCUUUUCAGAUAAUACCCCUCAGAGUGCAGAUGAAGAGAAAAAUGCUAGCAUGAAUGAAAAUAAUCAGGAUAGGAAAACAAGCCCAUAUUUUAAAAAGAAUGGGAUGACAAGACAAGAAUCACCUAAGAAAAGUUCUCUUCGUGCUGGAGACAAGGUAGUCAGUCUUGGGCGGUUGUCUGCAAAACUCUCCAAAAAAGUCUUGUUUUCUUCAGAGGACUCCAAAAUUCCUGGCCCCCAAGUAUCUAUCGAAGAAGAGCUGAUCUUAAGUGAGCCAAGUAGUUCACAAAAAGAAAACUUUGAUGAAAAUUUCAGUGUUAAAUCUGAACACCAAGUGAUGAAUUCAGCAUUAACUGCUCAGGUACCAAAUGAAAAUCUACCUCAUGUUGAAGAAAUUAAACAGUCUACAACAAAAGUAGACUCGUUGGGUUCUGAUGCUUCUCAAUCAACAGACACUGCUGCUUCAGUCAGAUUAAUGAAGAGGAAGAAAGAAGAGACUCUCGCUGCAUGUGUAGCCCCAAAAAUGCAGAAGAAAACACAGUUGUCAGGGAAAAGAAGUGCCAAAUCUGCAAGCACUGAUCCAUUACCAGAGGAUGAAGUCAAUAAAUCCAAAUGCAAGGAUGAAGAAAGGACCCAGAUUAUGGCACUGAAAAAAGGUAGUGAUCUUCAUCAGGAUGCUAGUGCUUCCUCUGUGGAACAGGGUUCACUCAGACACCCAUACUAUCUUCAGAACUUCCUGACUGUUCUCGGAACAGUGCUGGAGAAUAAGGAUGACAGAGCACUCUUCAGCGAGGAGGAACUCUCAUCUAUCCAGAGGUUCAAGCAGCUGUCAGUUCCUGGACAGAUGCUAUAUGUGCGUCUGUUUCAGAGGAAGCUGAAAUGGCUACAAGUGAGCAAACUAGAUUAUGCUGAGAUUAGUUCAGACCUCAGUCCUGUUGUGCAAGAACUUGUCUCCAGUGGCUUCCUCCAGACAGAGUCUGAACUCACAGAGAUCCAAGAUGUAUUAGAUCUUCUACCUGCUCCUGAGCUCCGAAGUCUGGCCAAGACUUUCCACCUAGGAGGUCCAGGGAGCAGUAGCCAGAAACAGCAGCUGGUGGAAGGGCUUCUCCUUUUGUCCAAACAACGCUCUCUCUUUUCUUUUGCUCCUGGCCAAAGCAAAACUGGCGCAGUCAUCCUCAAAAGGGCAAAACAGCUAGCAGGCUCCUGUGUGUAUCUGGGCCGGGAACCUCGUGCUAUGUUCUCUCGUGUCCUCCUACUUUUCUCUCUUACUGAUACUCUGGAGGAGGAGGAAAUGGCUUCAGGGGGUCAAGGACAACUUUACACUAUUCUGCUGGUCAACUCUGGACGUCUGGCUUUUCCUGCCUACACAGUUCAGCGGUCUGCCCAAGUGUUUAGAAACAGGGAAGACUUAAUCAGAUACGAAGCUGCCAUGCGAACCCUUCAGGAGUUAAUUACGGCAAUGCAGUCAGGCUGCUGGGAGGAUGCUCUAGCCCUCUACACUUCUGCAAAGUCUAACUGGCAAAACUUGAAACAAACCUGUGACUUAAGUUGGCAGGAGCAGUUGCCUGUGUUCUUGCGGUGCUUCACAGUAGGCUGGGCAUAUACACGUAUAUUGUCUCGAGGAGUUGAGAUACUACAGAGGCUGCGUCGCUAUGAGGAUGCAGUGGAUGAGCUGCGUUCUCUGCUGUCUCAGUCAGUGUUCUGUCCAGACAGCAGAGGGCGCUGGUGGGACAGACUGGCACUCAAUCUCCAGCAGCACCUAAAAUGCCAUGAGCAGGCUAUCCAUACCAUCAGGGAUGGACUGAAUGAUCCACUGGUCCGGACAGGUCACCGUUUGUCACUGCACCAGAGAGCCACCAGAAUGAAGGAUUCAGCGAGUUUUAAGAAGCACCGCCUGCUGCUCCGAGAACUUCCUUCUAUCAGUGUGCAAAAUGUUACUCAUGUAACAAUUCGAGGCCAGCUUUUUCCGCAUGAGGGUGGUACGGGCAAAUCAGUGUUCCUCAGGCCUGCUGCUGGGCAUGAAGACUCUGGAGAAGGAUGCGAUGCCAUGGUCAUAUGCUCGGUAGAGGAGCUGGCUUUGGCACACUACAGAGAGCUUGGCUUCGAUCAAGGUAUUCAUGGUGAAGGCUCUACCUUCUCUACUUUGUUUGGCCUUCUGAUGUGGGACAUUGUCUACAUGAAUGUCUCAGAUGUCUUCAGAACAUCAUAUCAGACAUGUCCUCUGGACUUGUACACUGACUGUUUCUAUGACAAUCGGAAAGAGGCUAUCGAGGCCCGGGCUGAGCUGUUGUCUGAGGUGUCCACAGAAACACUGCAGGAGCUACUGGCUGAAGUGUGGAAUUCACAGGAGGGAAGAGUCUGUGCACUCGUCAACUGGGAGCGAUUCUCUUGUCUUCAGCAAGCCCAGAGCUUAGUAGCAUGUCUGGGAGGACAGUUUUUAAGUGGUGUGAUCCUUAAAAUGGCAAAGGACUACAGGCACAGCAAAGGAGGACUUCCUGACCUGGUUGUGUGGAACACCUCAAAUAACAGCUAUAAGCUGGUGGAAGUAAAAGGUCCUAAUGACCGUCUGUCCCAGAAACAACAGAUCUGGCUAGAUGAGCUACAGAAGCUGGGUGCUGAUGUUGAAGUGUGUCACGUCACUGCUAUUGGAGCUCGUGGAGCGCGACUGGAAUAGAGACUAAAAUUGCCUUCACACAUACUGCUGCACUAAUAGACAAAACAUUUCACUCAUGCUGGGAAAUUCUCUCUGAAGAUUGUUGAGAUGGUGCUUGUGUUAAUAUGUGUGGAUUUAAUGCAACAGUACUUCUGAUACUUGCUCUCUGCUAAAACUAUAACACUACACCGCAACACAUAUUAAGUAUAAUACAUUAUGAAGACUGAAGUCCUGUGGCUGCUCUUUUUCAUUGUCUUUUUUUGUUAUAAUUAAACUUGUGAUUGUAUAUAAUAUACUGGGAAAAUUGUGUUAUAAAAGUGUAAUAAAACUACAUUUGGAACAGUAUACUCAUCUAUUUUUGUAAAAAGAAAUGAAAUAAUUUAAGGAUGUGUCCAUUUUUUUUUUUCUUUCAAAUAUUGUUUCUGAAAUUUUAUCACAUCAUUUGUGAUAAUGUUCUACUGUUGGCAUUUCCGAUGUAUAAAUUGUCUCAGUUUUUCAUGUUUAAGCUCAGGCUAAAAGUCUUGAACAGAGACUUACAUAUUGUUCCACAUUCUUAGAUAGAUUCUUAGUCUAACUGCAUGUUCAGAAAUGUAUAGCUGUUAAUUAAUUCAUUGAUGAUUUAGUACACCAACACAAUUAAAAUAGUGAAUUAACCCUAAACCUCAGACACAGCAACUACAGCUCUGACAAAAAAUAUAGACGAUGGUGAUUUUCUUGAGUGCUCUUGGUUUCUUUUAA